UUGGGCGCGAGGCCGGGCGGUUGGGAGGCCGGUGGCGCCAUGGGGGCCAGGCUGCGACUCCUCUGCGCCGCAGCGGCACUGCUGUGCGCGGCACCGCCGCCGGGUCAGCCCGGAGCCCCCGGCGCGGCGGCCGCCGCCGUGCUGCCCGCCGGCGAGGGGGACGGGUACGGGGUGAAGCUGUGCGGCCGGGAGUUCAUCCGCGCCGUCAUCUUCACCUGCGGCGGGUCCCGCUGGAAGCGGCUCUCCCUGCUGGCGAUGGAGCCGGCGCCCGCGGCCGAUUCUGCACGAACAGCAAGUAACAAACUACUGGGAAACUUCAAGGUGCAACCAAAUUUGGGUCCUGAAGUGGAGCAGCUGCAGAGAAGCAGCCCAUUUCUAGGAUGGGAGACAUUUAAGGAUCUGUAUAGUUUAAAUGACUAUAACGAAUAUGUACCUGUGGCAGACAACUUCAAAGAACUUGUUCGCCAGGUUGAAGAAGCUGUCAGCUCCCCUGCUGACAGUGGAGGAACAGGAGUUGCAAACCCCAUGGGAUCAAACAGUUAUCUUUGGGCCAGCUAUCCCAGAAGAAAACGUGAAUCUCUGGGUUUGGCAGGAAUGUGUUGCAAAUGGGGCUGUACAAAAGCUGAAAUUAGUACUAUAUGCAGAGUUUAAAAUCCUCUCUGCACUUAUGCAUGAAAUUAAUGUUUGUUGCAGUGCCACUUGAUUGAAUACUGUACGGAGGAAGAAACUCUCACUGUGUUCUAUUUUGUCUGUAUGUGCCAGUCAAUACUGCUGGUUUUCCUAAAAAAAAAAAAAAUCCACUAGUGUAAUUGUAAUGACUUUUUUUUGCUGUAACUUUUAGUCUGUAUUUUUUAUUAAGUCUUUCAAUGUCAAGUCUUUACACUUAUAUUACAAAUGUAUUAUAUCUUUGUAACACUUUAGGAAGAACUUCAAUGUUUCAUUAAAGUGUAGUUAUACUAAAUGUUACUGAAUAGUUAUUUCUCUUUCAGCAGAACAUCUAGCGCUGUUCUUAAAAUGAGAAUCAUGGUACAAAGCUGUACAAAAAGGGUAUUUUGCCAGUUGAAGCUCCACUUGUGAUAAAUAAUAGAAGAAUUUUGCUUUCGCUAAAAGU